AUGGCCUUUUUACACUCAUUUCCUACGCGUUCGGAAGCACCGUUGGAUGUUUGGGAAGUCGAUAGUUCGGAAAUUCAGUUUUCAGAGUGGAAGUACUGCAAAAGUCCGCUACCCACUCCUGUGUGGGUUCGACGCUACUGUGUGUGUCUUGAGAAUGAACAAACAUUCCUGCUCUUCCGCUCUUAUCAGGACUCUUUGAAGCGGCCCUCUGCAGCGCAUAUCCCUGUUGCUAUACUUGGGAGGUUUGCAGACGAACAUCUUGCAGUAGAGAAAAAUGGAUCGAGGUAUCGGUGGCCUUCGGACAAUGAACCCAAGCCACUCGAUACCAAUUCCAACGCACUCAUUCACAGUCGUAUGCCUCCAACCCGCAGGCGCACAACACACCCAACAAACCUCAUCGACGUCCAUCCACGUUCUGCGCUCUUGUCAGGUGACACUAGCGCCCGAAAACAUUCCGACCCUUGUAUUUUCGGCACCGCUAUUCACUCCACAGCCUCGCACAAAUUCAACUCUGCCCAUCACACACGCACCGCUUCCAAGUCAUCCAUUGACCAACAAGAUCCACUUACGGUUACAUCAUCCAUUACCAGUGUCGCCAACGAUUUGGAUUCCGCCUCCGCUUCCCUCGUCGAUUCCGCCUGCCGGAUUAACCAUUGUUCCUCAUUUGCCCCUGAUCUUAAUGGUGCCAAGUCAUUCCCGUCCGAAGCGGACUUGCUUUGGGCUAAGGUGCAUUCGUUUUCUCAACUCCAGAAACUGUUCCGCUCCAUUCGGCGAAGUUUCAGUUCCCACCAUUUCCGUCGACAUGAGUGUGACCCUCCGAGUGAAUCAUGUAACUGGGCUGGCUCGUCUCAAUUGCUAAUGUUUGCUCCUACAGACUCUACGCGAACCUCGAAGUCCAGCAAGCGGAGAUCCCGCCUCUUUCAUUGCGCCGACAAGGCAGAGACGAGCAGCAGCCCCGAAGGUUUUUUUCAUCAUGUGACCAUUCCAGAUCGCUUGCUUUUCAGAAAUUGGGAGUCAGAGGCCAAAUCGAAACCCCUGAGUGACGAUACAUCCUGCGUCGUGACCGACGUCGUUCCAUGUACACUAUCCGCAUCCAACGGAAAUUGCACAUUCCUGUCAACCCUUCGUCCCAAGACACCUUGCACUUGCGCGGCAUCCGAAAACAGCACUAUGGAUUCUAAAGCGACCGCCUUGCUGCAAGCCCGACAGUACAACAGCCACUGCGAUACUUUUGUGCCUUCUACUAACGCUGUUUCCACUGGGGGCUUUAUGCUCGGUAUUCCCGGCUUGGUCCAUUUCGGUCCCGUCCAUCCCAGUCUCACUGUCGGACGAGCGUUUUGUUUUGUUUGUCUUGCACCCGCCCUCCAGUUAUCUGAUCGGGAUCGAAAGCGUACUACCAUGGUUGUAGCAGACGCCAACCUAGUCACUCGGAUCUUCGCCACACCUAGCCAACUAAGUCGGUUACGUUGGCUCAGAAGCCUUCGUCGGACGGCCAAACCAAAUCUGGAGAAUGAGCGUCACCGCGAAAACUCUCUUCGCUUGUCCAUUUUGGAAGCUCGUAAUUGCCCCCCUAAGCGUCGGUACUACUGCGAUAUUUGCCUGGAUCGCACACUGUACGCCCGAACCACGAGCAAGACAGCUUCGCCGAGUAUUUUCUGGGCGGAAGAUUUUGAUCUCAACAAUCUGCCCAACGUAUCCGUGAUGACUUUAAGUUUGUACAAAGAAGCGGAUUCAUCCAACAAAGACGGACGACGAUUCGGGACUUCCAGAUCUGGCAGCAAGAAGCAUCGCAAGUCGCAGAAUCAGUUGAUCGGUUUUGUCACAAUCCCCACAUUCGAGCUAUCCGGCCGUACAGACACCCAAAUGUGGGUCACACUGCAACCACCGGCCGCCACUGGAUCGAACGAACUCAUGAGCACCAUCUUCACUCCUUCUCUGAAUGCCGCGCAUAAUUCACAGUCCAUGACAAGUGUGGAUGGCGCUGGACACUGGGGCGCCUCAUCUGGUCUCUUCCCGUUCCUCACGUCCACUUCGAGUAGCAUGCAAUUGGACCAGUCACAUGUGGAGCAGCGACAUCUUCCACAACUUCGGAUACGAGCACGUUAUCAGUCCAUUGAAGUACUUCCCGUGCGCUCCUAUGCUUCAUUAAAAAAGAUUGUCUUCGAUCACAGUCUCGAACUCAGCUCUUGGCUAGAGCAUGUGUUAUCUGUAAAGUGCAAGGAGAGUGUGGCUGGUUCGUUGGUCGCGCUGCAUGAGUCCAACGGGACUCUCGUGGACUUUCUCACAAACUUAGUGGUUCAUGACGUUUCCGGCUUGGAGAAUGAAUCCAUGGCUUUCCGUUCCAACUCUAUGGCCACUAAAGCCGUGGAAUGCUAUGUCAAACUUGUCGGAUCUACGUAUUUACACAAUUUGUUGCAUCGUCUGAUACAAUGCGUCCUGACUUGCUCAACUGCCUGGGAGGUCAAUCCCGAGAAACUGCCCACCGCCGCGCUUGCAUCCGGGUCGCUCUCGGUCAACGAUACAGCUGUGUUUGCGAGCACUUUUCAACUGCCCCACUCGGACAUUCGUCCUCCACCUGGCAGCCUGAUGACAAACCAAGUGAUGUUGCUACAUCACUUGAACGCGGUUUGGCGUGCAAUCCAGGCCAGUUUACCGCGAUUUCCGAGCGCACUCAUCCGUGUAUUCAGCUCAUUUCGGACUGCGUUGGAACCCAUACGGGGUCCAGAAUUCUGUGAUAACCUUGUUUCUGCCUGCAUCUUUCUGCGGUUGAUUUGCCCCGCUCUACUCUCCCCGUCGCUUUUCGGUCUGGUUACCGCUUUCCCCAGCGAACCAGCAUGCAGACGCAACCUGACGCUUUUAGCCAAAUCACUACAAUCACUGGCUAAUUUCUCCGCUUUCGACGAUAAGGAGCCUUUUAUGCGUUUUCUCAACGGCUUCGUCUCAUCCCAGUUACCCGCAAUGCGGCGUUUCAUUCGUGGUAUCUCGCGUUGGCCUUCGUCCGAUGCGCACCUGGAUGAUUUCGACACAAUGCAUGGGCUACGCGAUUUGGUCGACGAAGGCUAUGAGUUGGCCCACUUGCAUGCACUACUUUCCGAUCUGUCUUUCGGUGGUAGUGGAGGUGGCGACCACUGUGCUGGCAGCGAGUCGAUGUCGAAGGUCUCCAACGGUGGAACUUCCCUCCCACCCAGCCUUUCCGAGUUGCCUCACGUUUUAGACGAGUUGUCCAGCUUAUUACGCAGCAACGUGGCUUCAUGCGCUCAAAGUCUCUUGAACAUCGCCGGCCAUCAUCUCCAAGCGGAUGAGCCUAACGACCGAUUACACUCCACUCUGCCGUCGAAUAUGCCCAGACGUUUGUCCGAACAAGUCCAAAUGACCCAAACGGACUGCCGUCUGUCCACACGCAACCACGACGGUCUGUCACCGGAUUACGCCUAUCAUUUACCAAAAACCUACUCUCCCGUCCCCUAUUACACCCUACACAAUAAUCCCGGAUACCAUGAUGCCAAAGUGCAGAAGUCCACUUCGGUCAAUAUUUUAUCCGCUUCGACCGAAUUGACAUCUGCGGGACAGACGGGCGUUUCCAUAUACAAUCCAAACGACUACGAUGAACCAUACGCUAGCCCUCAUUCGGAGCCCGAGGACGAUAAUUCAUACAGACGGACUAAGUCCCCACCACCACAGUUGAAUUCGCCGCCACCCUCCACAUUGUGCAUCGACGGACCAAUUUCCACAAAUUUGCAGGAGCAAACGAUUGUCAAACAAUCCAACAAUACUACCCGGCGGACAUCGAUCCCAACUGUACCCCCGUCACCGUCCAACAGUACCCCUGCGCUGACGUGUACCGUUAAUGAAGAUGAUCAUGUCUACGACUUCGUGCCACUUUCAGGUGCCUCCUCCACCGACGAUCUCGUCCAAGUCAAUGAGAAGUAUCUGAAAGACUUUCGGAACGGUUCGCCGCAUCUGAAGUGUCGCGAUUCACCUGCUGUUGCUUGCCAACCGGUUGUCAGCGAGCCAGCAUCCCUUCUGACUUCGGAGCAACUUGAACUAACCCGAAAUCUUCCAGCUACCGCUGUUUCCACAACUUCUUGUCUGACCAGUCAUCGAGCGGUGAAUGCGCUGCACACUCUGGAUUCUUCACCUCGCUUGCAAUCUCGUCAAGUGACAACAGCGAGCAUAUUGCUUACUCGGCACACAAACGUCCAACCUCCGGCUGUCAUUCAAUCUGCCGUCCUCUCCUCACAUCCCUUGAGUGCUUCGCCGCUCCAGGGAUCUCUGAACUCUCGAGCUUCGUCACGGUCGGACGAACUAUGUGUCUCUACUUCCUACAACAACUGUCAGCCAUUUCCUGUUCCCUUUCGAUCACAUUCACCAUCUUCAUUGGAGACCGGCGCUGAAGCUUCAAUCCUAAUAGAUCCUAGUCCUGGUGUUGAUGCUGUGUCGGACAACACGAAGAGCUCGCAGCCUGCGCCGAAGGAGCUGGUCGAGGAACUAGUUCGCUUGCGUCAUCAACUGCAAGUUUCACGUGAAGAUGCCGCUUGGGCUGCAAAUCGACUUAGUCAACAAGAGGCGGAAUUGUCUCAUCUUCGCCAACUAGUCGGUUGUUUGCGUGGUCAGCCUCAGGUCAACUGCAAGCUUGUCGAUUCCGUUCGUUCUCUUCCUCUUGGCAUCAGCCGCUCUCCCGCUAACGGUCACCUCCUACGCGCAACCACGUCUUCUACAAACACUGCCCCAUCAAUAUCUCUCAGACGUGCUCCAAAUACUUUUGUUGAACUGGAUGACGCCAUGGCAAGAUUAGAGCAAGAACAGGCGGAACUGCAGCAGGAGCAGGUACGAAUACGUGCUCGUCUCGCCGCUUCCCGCUACGCUCGUCCAGCAGCGAACAGUCCUAUCCGCAGUCCCCCAACAGCUCCUCAGCUCCCCGUCAUCAUCAAGCCAACCAAUCAUGUGACAAAGAAUGGCCUCCGGUCCUCUAAGCUUGCGGCCUCGUCAUCGUCUUCAGGUGAAGAUGGUGUGUCCCUUUUGACACCAGUGCCACAGUACGGACCGCGUGUUCGCCACAACCCCCCACCACCGCCACCACGGAAUGUGCCAUCCCGGGGUGGUGGAAGAUUCGCCUAUUAA